AUGGCAUCAGAGACAUUCUACAAAGUGGGAGAUGGGGAGGAGGCCAUGCUGAGGAAGGAAACCCUCAAUGUCUUGAAUGCGCUCAGUCAAAUGCCGAAGACCUUUCCAAACCCCAAGUCAAUGAACAGGACCGUCACUACCAAAGGCCUCCCACUUUCCUCGAGGGGCAGUUUGGUGAACUUCUUAGAGGAGGAUGCCAUCAAUCUACCGAAGCACAUGCCAAUGGAGGAUUCCGAAUGCAGCUCCGAUGACACCAGCAUCUCCCCCAUGUCAUCCACCUUGUUGAAUCCCAUCAAGUUGGCCGUGACCCAGCCCAACAGCAGCUUCUUUGCGGGCAUGCUGGAGGGCGAGCUGAACAAACUCAGCCUCUCCUCGAUAGCCAAGAGCACAGAGAAAGGGCACCUGGCCCUCUGCCCCCAGUCUAAGUCCCAGAUGGCCCCUGGGGGCCUGCUGGACCUCGACAACCCUGAGGUGGACACAGACACGUCCUCGACGCCCUCGGAGUCCUCUGUGGUCUUGGAUGUGCCGGAGGCGCCCUUCAUCUGUGAACACACGGUCAGCGACUCCACAGCUGUGAUUUCCUGGACCUACGCCCCUGGCAAGCAGCAGGUCAGUUUCUACCAGGUCCUGUUACAGGAGGUGGUCAGGAAAAACAGUGGUGAGAUGCCCAAGGCAAAGAACCGCCCCUGGAUCUUCAAUAAGAUCCUGGGCACCACCGUCAAGCUGAUGGAGCUGAAGCCGAACACGAGUUACUGCCUCACCGUCCGCGCAGCUAACACCGCUGGGGUGGGGACAUGGUGCAAGCCCUACAAAUUUGCAACCGUGGCCACUGACUUGAACAGCUUCCCUGAGAACAACCCCAUCCAGAUUACCGUGCAGCGCAAGGAGCCCCAGCGGAAGACCGUGUCCCUCGGGCUGGAGGACAUGCGCAGGCUUGAAGAUCUGGAACACCUCUUUCCUUACUAA